CUAUACAUAAUCGAUUAAUGUUCUCUCCUAAUUUUUCCCUUCUUCUUUUGGAAAAAAAAUAAAUAUAAAUAACACAAUUUAUCAUGUUGGAGCCGUUGAUAGUAUUGACAGUUUUAAAUUGUUUAUUUAUGUUCAGCUCGACCGUGACCACGUGCGCAUUAUGGUGGCAAUAUCGACGUCAUCGUUGUUACGAUGUCAGAAAGGUUCCAUCAUCUCGGCGAACUUGUAGAUCUCACAUAAGAAAAUCCAACAGCUGUACGAGUUGUCACGUUUCCAAGAAAAUUGUCCAAUCAAAGGUAGACGAUAGAAAUCACGUUUUUGACAGCGGUAGAUCUUUUAUGAAUGCCGAUGAACAAUACAAGAAAAAAAUUUUGGACGAAAGCAAACCUGCAAGCAAGCUUAGAUAUUUGUCCGAUUAUAAAAAGCAUAAAGACGAAAGAAGGAUACAUCCUUUUACCGAACCAUCAAUCAAGAAAAAAGAUUCGGCGAUUAGAAAACAAAUUUCUGAGGUAUCUGAUACGACCAACGAUACUAAAUCGACCGUGAUAAUGGAAUUCUCAACGGUACAAAAGAUCGUUCAACUCGUUGACAACAAUGGCGACAUAUCUAUGGCAAAAGUAACAGUUAUACCGGCGCGUGAUAUCAUCGAGAAGAACAAAAAAUUUGAUUUAGAUGUUGGAAAUAAAUUUGAGGAUGACAUUAGGACAGUCGAAAAGAUUUCACGUUCUACGGUACAUUAGAAAUGAUAUCUACGUAUACAUAUAUAUUAUAAAAAUUAUAUAUCAAAUUAUAUAUAUUAUAUACAGCGACGAAUUUUUUGUUUUACAUGUGACCUUCUUUACGAUUACAUGAAAUUUUUUGUCAACGAGUAAC